AUGAUUAAACUUCCUCUUCAUCAUCCACCAUUUCCGCCUCUUCACCUCAUGGACAGUGAUAAGGAUACGGUCAUUAGUCUCGUGGACACAAUACUCACCGAGGCAAGAGAUGAAUUCGAAAAGCACCUUCAUUGCAACAACGGGGUCAUACAGACAACGCAUUGGGCCCAAGUCAAGCAAAUUAAAGACGUUGUCGUGUAUCAAGACCGAAAGGCACACAAAACCCGUUGA